GGCUGGGGGAGGGGGGGCAGAUUGUCCGGCGGCUCUCCAUCGUGCAAGCAAACGCUUAAAAAAAAUAAAAAAAAAAUCUUCAAACUGUUAGAAUAUAUUACACCAAAGGAACCUCCAGCGGGCAACUGGCAGACCUGAUAGUGCGGAGUUAAAAGCUCUCUUUGUGCUACCUUUGGGGAUGGUAAUCAACUGUGCACGGAUGAAAUUGGAAAAGAAGAGGUGGGGUGAUUAAACUUUGCUUUGACUUGGCACGAAGUUGGUUUAUUUAGCUAGGUGAAGGAGAUGUGGUGAAGCGUGGGAAGUCAUGGACUAACUUAAUGGAAUGCGAGGCAAAGUUCCCACAGGACUGAUGCCCUGGGAGCUUAGUAAACAUGAAUGUCUUCUCAAGCAUUGGGAUUUUUCCUAUUUAAGAGGCAGGGAAACAUUGUGCGAGCAGUCCUUCCCCGCCCGGUGUUACUUCAGGCUAAACGAGGAUAGCACCAAAUGCUUAUUCCUUUAAACCUUCCGAGUUCAUGAGGCUGAUAAGUAUGUGUGCGUGCGGUUUAGUUUGGGGCUGCGGAGGAGCGUUCCCUGAGGCUUUCAGCUGAGCUACCUGCCUUUGCAAAAAGCUUGUAGAGGCUUAGAUGUGGGCUCUGAGCUGAGCACUGUGAGCAGCCUAGGAGCUGAGUUGUACCUUCGCAGUGCAACGCUGGCUGCAAGCUUUCAUCUGAGAAAAGGCAGAGACAUUCACUUCUGAGAAGAGACCAAAGAAUUAGGAGGAGCCUUUCCUCCUCCCUGGAGUUAUGUUUUCAUUCUGUAAGUCCCAGCCGGUGUCAUCAUCGUUUAACAGCAUCUAUCUGAUAUUAAAAGGUUUGUGGGAGCAACUGGAGCGGGGCAUCUGAUAUCAAAAGGUGGCACAUGCCAGAGUCCCGCUCUCCCAGCCCUGAUCCAUCCGCCAGCCCCUCCUUUGCAGCCAUCAUUGGAUAUUAAACCUUUUCUCCCCUUUCCUCUUGACACUGCAGCAACAGUCAACCUGUUUCCCAAUUUUAAUGCGAUUGCACUUUAGUAAAUAAUGGAAAGCCAAUGCCUACGAACCUUAAAGAGGACAUCAAAAGGCUGGAGCGAUGCCUCAAUGGACCCUAUUCAGAAAGCUGUAAUAAACCAUACAUUCGGGGUUCCUCUUCCUCAUCGGAAAAAGCAAAUCAUCUCAUGCAACAUUUGCCAGUUGAGAUUUAAUUCAGAUAGCCAGGCUGCGGCCCACUACAAAGGCACGAAACAUGCCAAGAAGCUCAAAGCAUUGGAAUCCAUGAAAAACAAGCAGAAAUCUGUCACUGCCAAGGACAGCGCAAAGACUACCUUCACCUCCAUCACGACCAAUCCCAUCACCACCAGCUCUGACAAAACAGAAAGUACCGCAGGGACCCAAGUAAUAGCAAGAAGUGCGGACAUGCGCAAGAGCAGUGAAGUAACCACUGAGCUCACCUCUAACGCGGAGAAAAGCCUCACAGCAGCAGUAGCCGCGGGCAACAAUUCAAGUCCUCCCACAGAGACUGAGGAAGAAAAGGCGAAGAGGCUGCUUUACUGCUCCCUAUGCAAGGUGGCUGUGAACUCUGCCUCCCAGCUGGAGGCUCACAACAGUGGUACUAAGCACAAAACCAUGCUAGAAGCACGGAAUGGAAGUGGAACUAUAAAGGCCUUUCCGCGGGCAGGAAUGAAGGGCAAAGGACCUGUUAAUAAGGGAAACACAGGCCUCCAAAACAAAACAUUUCACUGUGAAAUAUGUGAUGUGCAUGUCAACUCGGAAACACAACUCAAGCAGCACAUUAGCAGCAGAAGGCACAAAGACAGAGCCUCUGGGAAGCCCCCCAAACCUAAGUACAGCCCCUACAACAAACUGCAGAAGGCAGCACAUCCACUGGGGGUAAAAUUGGUAUUUUCCAAAGAACCUUCAAAGCCGCUGACUCCCAGAAUUCUCCCCAAUCCAUUGGCAGCUGCCGCAGCAGCAGCUGCUGUGGCCGUGAAUUCCCCCUUUAGUCUUCGAACCGCUCCAGCAGCCACCCUCUUCCAGACCUCCGCACUUCCUCCAGCCCUUCUGCGACCAGCUCCGGGACCCAUUCGGACGACCCACACUCCUGUGCUCUUUUCUCCUUAUUGAAUUCCAAACAGGAGGUGUUGUACUGCAAUAAUUUUUAAAAAAAAACAACAAAAGGAAACUAAAAUCAAACAGAAGAGAACUAUGCAGCAUUUAUUUAUAGUUUAAAGCGUUAUCUGAAGAGCCAGGACUUUUGAUAGCAAAAUGAAAAGAUUAUUUAAAAAAAUAAAGUUAAAAAAAGCAUGGGGGGUUGGGGUAGGGAGAGAAGAGAUGUGUCAUUUUUCCAAAUUAAAGCAUUCUUCUUGAA